CCCGCUGGAGCCCCGCGUCACGCUGUCUCACGCUUUUUCCACGCUCUUCGUGACUCCGAACCGUGAUCGCCCAGCGUGAUCGCACUUUCGUGAUUGUUGGUCUCUGAUUGCGAGACCCGAAAGUCUCUGAUCGCCCCGACUUCCUACGGAGAAAUCAGUGCUCGCUCUUGCUGUGACUUCCGGGCCCGCCUCCGGUUUUUGCCGGGGAUCAGUGCAGUUGAAUCCGGUUGAAUCUUUGUGUUGCGUGAUCUGAAACGUCUGGACCGGUUGAACCCGCAGACGAGUAAUAAUCGAGUGGAAUCUGUGUGGAAUCCAUACUGUAUGUGUGCUAUUUUUGGUGCUGAUCAGCGGUUUUAAACCUCGUGAUUUUUUUUAUCUGUUUCAUGGGAAUCUGGUAUUUUGUAGUAUUGCAUAAUACGAAUCGAAAAAUUUGGCAGGAUUAAUCUUGAUUUCUAUCAAUUUCGUCAGACGGGAGUGUUUUUUGGAAUUUUUGUGAAAUUUAACCGCGAGCUAGUUUUUAACCUCACUUUUUAACCUCUAUAACUUUUUCCCUGUCGCGCGAGCCCAUCACUGUCUAACGAAUGCAUCAUUCGAUAGCCGAAGCUUUUAAAGCCCAGGAGGUUGGAUCCUCCACCAUGGCUACAGAAAAAAACACUAGUAAGAUUAAUUAACCAGCCAGGUUGGCCAUUUUUACUUAUCCUAUGCGGGAACAUAAAUUGGCGUGUAUAAGAUAAGAGGAAAUAAGCGUCCGAAUUCGCGUUCAUGACAGAAGGUGUUAAAUUGAUUUGGCCUCUCGGAAAACGAGGGAUGUUAGUUUCCCGCAGGGCGGAAUUCACUUUUAAAGAUGUGCCUUUUGUCUCGAAGUGUGUUUUCCUCGUCGGUGGAGAGGUGUGCGGCGUGCGGUCAUAAAUUGCUCAACUAAGUGCGUGUCGUCUGCUGCUCCAUUAUGAAGCUGUUCAGCUGCCUUCAGCGGUUACCGCGGAUAACAACUGUCAUCACGGUCAUCAGUUGGAGCUGCAUCGUUCUUCAGCUUUGUUUAG